GGUGCAUUCGUUUACGCAGCAUUAGCGUAGAGAGUAUCAUUUAAUUCUCGUUUAAUACUCAGUGAAUAACAAGGAUAGAGUAAUACUUCUGCAUUAAUCGCUGCAUAAAUGAAUACAGGAAAAAAUUUGUUCGCGUCGCCUGCUCCAACAUGCUCCAAUGUGCUCCUGUUAUAGCUUCUACCAGAGAGAAAUCUGAAAGAGGACAAAUCUGGCCCAAAUCUGGUACAUCAGGGUACAUCGUCCACUUUUCAAGGCUAGAGAUGAUAAAUCGAUAUUUGGUUCAUAUCGUGCUACAUGUAGAGUGAGCCUACUGUGUCUACCUAGUAUAUACGUGGCCAUAGCCAUCACUUGUUCCGUUAACAUUGAACCGGAACCCGGAAAAGAGCCUUUGCGACACGUUGGUAUCGCAUGUUCUUAUGUUCUGUCUUGAUUUUGCUGCUGGUUAUCUGUAAAUUAAUUAUGACGGAAAACAAGGAGCGUACUUUUAUCAUGGUUAAACCAGACGGUGUGCAGCGUGGUCUUGUCGGCAAGAUUAUUCAACGAUUUGAGCAGAAGGGUUUCAAAUUAGUGGCUAUGAAGAUGUUAUGGCCUUCUGAAGAUCUCUUGAAAAAACAUUAUGCGGAUCUGGCAUCAAGACCAUUCUUCCCAGGUUUAGUCAAAUAUAUGAGCUCAGGACCAGUUGUGCCAAUGGUCUGGGAAGGCUUGGAUGUUGUAAAAACUGGCCGUGUAAUGUUGGGCGAGACAAAUCCUAAGGAUUCUGCACCAGGUACAAUUCGUGGUGAUUUUUGCAUACAAGUUGGACGCAAUAUUAUUCAUGGCUCUGAUUCUGUUGAGUCUGCCAUAAAGGAGAUUGACCUUUGGUUUGGCGAGAAAGAAGUGAUUGACUGGAUGUACGCAUCUGAAAAAUGGAUUUACGAAUAAGAAUUUUUUUCUGACAGAAACAUUUUCUCAGAGGUUUUUCUACAGAGGUAUCUCUACAAGCAUUUUCUUGAAGAGAAUCUGCUGAAAUCUAUUGCUAGUAUGCAAACUUUUUAGCAAGGCUGAGGUUCGAGAAAAACAUCUGAUAUUUGUAAGGAAUAAAUAAAAAAAUUGCUAAACUUUA